GCAAAUUUACAAAUAGGUAAUCACCGUAAUCACAUUGUCACAUCGGCCACAAAACUAUAAAUCUAUAUAUAAAAAACACAUUUUUAAGAGAAAGUUCCUCGAAUAUGGGUGUUACAAGAAAAUUUUUGAAUUGGUACGCUAGGUUGUCACCGGCACGCGGUAAAUCAACCCCGCCUUAUCAGCACGUAAUACAAAUUGGCGAUCCUACAUUACGUAAAGUUUGCGAACCAGUGCCCGUGGAUAAAAUCAAAACAAAAGAAGUGCAAACGGUGAUACAGAAACUAACAUUCGUGGUUAACAAAUACGAGGCGUUUGGGAUGUCUGCACCACAAAUUGGCAUAAACAUGAGGAUAUUUGUGAUGCAACACACAGCGAAGCAACUCUCACGGGUGCCCAAAGUUAAUGCCCAAAUGAUGGGCUUAAUUACAGUCCCGUUCACUGUGUUUGUUAAUCCAACGCUGAAAGUAUUAAACUACCAGAAAGUGGUGCGAGCUGAAGGUUGUGAGAGUGUACAGGGAUACACGGCUGAAGUUCCUAGGUAUAAAGAAGUGCAAAUUACUGGAUAUGAUCAAGAUGGAGAGCCUCUAUCAAGGACAUACAAGGACUGGACAGCAAGGAUAGCACAGCAUGAAAUGGAUCAUCUAGAUGGCAAGCUUUAUGUGGACAUUAUGGAUAAGAAAACAUUGACAUGCAUUUGUUGGGAGGAGGUCAACUUGUCUAAAGGAAAAGUUGUUAUACCAUUUUCACCUUAAUAAAUUUUUUUUGUUGUA